UGAAGUAAGUAACGAGUUGUGUGAUUUUGGGCAUAUUUAUUUUUCGAUGCCUUCACAACGUUUUAAUUAAUUUUUAAAAUACAUAACAAAGAAGCAGGGAGAAUAUAAUAUGGACAUUGAGGAUAUGCCAACAUGCUCAUUAUACAUAUCUCGUAGUAAUCAUCAAAAUCAUAUUAAUACAUUGAAUAUAUGUCAAGAAAUAACGGAAUUACCAAAGACAAAAUUAGAAGAAGCAAUACGUUUAUCAUGUCCAACUGGUAAUUGGAAUACAAGUCAAACAUCUUGUGGAAUUAUUGUCACAUUUUCACUUGAAACUGAUGCUGAUCGACUUGUCCAACGAACAAAUCUUGCUGAAAUAUUUGAUGGCCCAGUUCAAGUUGCUCGUUUUUCAGCAAGAGAUUCCAGAUAUAGACAAUCUGUUUAUCUUCGUGAUGUACCAUGGGCUAUUCCUCUAGAAGAUCUCAGCUCAGCUUUAAAAAAACAAGGAAUUCCAACAGGAACAAUCGAGAGAUGUCGUCAAAACGUCAGAGUUGAAGUUCUUGAAGCAGCUCAUUUUGAGCAACUUCUUCGACAAGGUCUAGAUUUUUUUGGUGCAGCAAGAUUUAAUGCUAUUCCUGAACGACCAACAAUUUCAUGGCGAUCAAAUAAUCCAACUGGAGGACAAAAUCUUCCAAUUAUUAAUCAACAACAAUUUGGUACAUUACCAGGUAUUAAUAUUGAUGGUGCUGAUCAAUCAAAUGGAAAAAAUGAUGGAGUUUUACAGUGUUACCGUUGUCAAGGAUUUUGGCAUGUCGCUGCAAAUUGUCGACAUUUACCAAGAUGUGUUAGAUGUGGAGAACAGCAUAGUGUUGAAUUUUGUCCGAGACCACGAAGUAAUCCCAUAUGUUGUCAUUGUUCAGGUUCUCAUCAUGCAGCUUAUCGUCAGUGUCCAGUACGUCUCCAGCUUCUAAAUGCAACACCCGUUAGUAUAACUUUGAGCACAAACCGUGUUAUAGUAACUAGUCAGUACUCGUCAAAUUCUCAAGCAAAAUCUGAUACAUCACAAGGUCAGCAACCUCAAACAUCAACAGCAAUGCGUUAAAAUAAAAUUAUCAAUAUUAUCAAAAAAAUAUAAUCAAUAUUUUUCAACAACGGUAAUAAAUAUCAAAAUCAAAUGUGUAUAUCUUAUUGAUAAAAAAAAAAUAUUUAACAAGAUAACUUGGAUCAUCAAAACAACCGACAAAAUUAGAUUUUAAAAUUAUCUUUUUUUUUUAAUUCUAUAUCUAUUUUUUUUUUAAGUAUAUUUACAAAUUUAUAUAUUUUUUUUGAGUUUAUUAAAUCAUGAGUAUUCUAGUCCGGUAAUAUUACCUUGUAGCGAAAGCCGAUUUCUCUGAUAUGUAAUAUUAAUUAUAAUAAAAUAAUAUUGAAAUCGGUAUCAAUAAUUUUUUCUAAAAAUGACUUAUUUAUUAAAUCUUUUUUUUUUUCAUAAUUUAAUUUUAAAAAUAUUUUUUUAUAUUAACAAGACUUUCCAUUUUUAAUAAAAUUUUUUUUUUUCAUGCGAAUCAAGUUUUCUUAAUUUUUUGUUCAAUGAAUUUGUAUUUUAUUGACGAAAUAAAUGUUAUGCAUUUUUUUUUUCUUUUUUAUAAAUCCUUACAUGUAUAUUUUAAUAAAUAUAAGUAGAAAAAUUUGUCUAUAAUAAUAAAAAAA